AUGCGCAGGACAUUCCGACAGCUCGCGGCUGUUAAGCCCUCCCGCUACCUUGAAGCUGGCGCCCCGACAGGCCUCGCAGGCCUCUUCACGCAUCCUGCACCGCGCUCAACGCUCAUCUACCUCUACACCAGCACCCUCGACAAGCUCCAGGCCUUCCCGGAAUCCUCGCUGUACCGCCAAUCGACCGAGGCUGUGACCAAACACCGCCUCGCAAUCGUUUCCUCUGUCGAGCCUGAGGGCUAUAGAGCGUGGGCGGACAAGGCAAAGCAGACGAUUGCCGCACACCCUGAGGUGUUCAAUACGCCCGGGGGAAAGGUGGCGCACGAUGAAGGCAGGCAUGUAAAGGAGGUUAUCGGUGGCAGUACCUUCGUGACGAGUAAGCUGGAGGAGGAGCGUGAUGAGAGGAUUGUGGAAUGGGAUGCGGAGAAGGAUGAGGGGCCCCAGUUGGAGGGGAGCCGGACGAGGGCUGAGAGGAAGGUGCAGCAAAGUUGGGGGAUGGAGAGGCCGGGGAGCGAUACCAAGACUGUGCAUUGGGAGCCCGAGCCGGCUCUGACUGCUGAUCAGAUCGCGGAGAUUGAGAACAGGAUCGGAGCUGGGUUGAUUGAGGAGGUUAUCCAGGUUGCGGAGGGAGAGCUGAAGUUGGUGGAUGUCUUGGCUAAGUCGAAAGUUUGGGAAGAUCUUGAGGAGAAGCCGGUCGAGGGACAGUGGACAUACUUUAAGAGAGAAGGCGCUUCUCCUGAUUCGUAG